UCACAGUUCAAUUCUUGACGGCGUGCGGAGUGCGUGUGUGAAGUGGCAAGCCCAGCCGAAGGAUCCGCAGGAAAAUUGAAUUAACAAUGUGGCAGCGACAGGUGUUGGUGCUCGUCAUUUGCGGGCUCAUAACAAUGGAGGUGGCGAGGUGCAGCGCCAGCCGCUUUAAUGGCGCCACUUCCGCCGGCAACCAGAACCCGCAGCUAAAGCUGGAGAUGAAUGCUUGGCAGCCAUUCACCCAGCACAACAAUUGGCUCAUCCUCCAGGCGACAGCACCCAGUUCCAUGCAGCAGCCGGAGCGGGUGGAGAUCCGAGAAAGGCGAAAGGAACCGGAACGACUUCCUGUCAAUUUCUACGCCUACAACCAUCGCUAUAACGAGAGCUCCCCAACGCCGGUCGGAAAUUACAAACCGAAUCCUCCCAUCGAUCCAUCCAGCUAUGUUCUGGCCAUCAGCCAGCAGAUGCGGCGGGGCCAACUCCUUCGCCAGCUGGCAAAAGCGGAGGAUGCCGAGCCGGAAGUUCACAAGGUGGCUGCGACUUUAACCCACCCGGUUAAUGGUGAUGACGAUAAUAAUCAAGAUGAUGAAAACAGAAUCCUUCCCGGGGGACCAGAGGAUAGCGAACAGGGGUCACUUCGGGGUGUUGAAUCCUACUUGGCGCCCUUUGAACGAGCCCUGGUGAAAGUGCGCAACUUCUGCGACGCCCUGAGAAGCGUGAUUAGCGACGAGGCAGAUGAGACGGGCACAAAUAAAUUGGAUGCCAUCGCAAGAGAAGGAGCAGCAGCAGCAGCCGCAGACCCACCAGGUGCAACUUCAAAGGAGCUCCGGGUUCAAGGUCGCUUUCAACGCCUGGCAUCUGCGGAAUCCGAGGGCCGCAAGCUCAAGAAACUGAAGAAGAAGAUCCAGAAGCUGUUUUUCCCCCUACUGAUUGCCUACAAGCUCAAGUUCCUCACCCUCAUCCCGGUCCUAAUCGGCGGACUCACGCUGCUCGUGGGCACCACGGGCCUGGCCGGCUUUUUCUUCGCUCUCUUUACGGCUGUAAUGAGCCUGAAGAGCUCCGGAGGUGGUGGCCACUCCAGCAAGUCCCUCGUCUUGAAGAAGCUCUGAUGAGUGGCGCCUUAAAACCCAAUCAGAAUACCUAUUUGCCUAGAGUUGGCCCACUGCUCGGCCAGCAUUGAUUUAUCCGGUCGGUCGGUGGCUAUAAACAAGUGACGUCGCCGACUUUCAGCGAUAACAACGACGCGCCCGCAAAUGAAAUGAAGUAUGUAAAUAACAGCAUUGUCAUCCUAAAGCGAAUUUUAAAUACUCUGUCUUAAAUACUGGUACCUUAGACGCAAUCUUUAAUAUAUAUAUUAACUAUUAGCAGCUCCAUGAGAAAUUCGAGCUUUACGAAAACUAAAAUUUCUUUUUUAGCCUUCUAAUUUUUGGAUACAUUUUUCUUACGUUAAACAUAAC